GGACAAUAUCUGAUACACGUAGAUCAAGCCUGCGGGAACAGAUGUCUGUUGCUCCUAUACAAGCAAUAAACCGUGAUUUGUCAGUGAUGGCGAUUCCGAUUUUCUAUUGCAUCUGGGGUGACGGAUUGCUGAUUUUGUUUCCAUGAAAACAGAAACCUGGAAGACAUCCAAUAAUACAAAGCAAGACACGUCGCUUAAUGUAAUUAUAAAACGGCACGCCAGUAGAAGACCAUGAUUUUCGAUCUGUUCAAGCGGCUUUAUCGGAUCUUUCGUUUAAUGAAAACUACUACGGCUAUUAGAUAGUAUUUGUCAGACACAAUAUUACAUAUAUGCACUUGGAACAGUGAAAAAUAAACUCAUUGUUAAGUAGCUCAUUCUCUUGAAACCACAAUGUCCGUGGACAUAGAGAAACAAGGUAAAUCCUUGCUGAAUGAAUCCAGUUCAUUAUCGCUUAACAAUUCAUUCGACAGUCUUAAUCGUUCGGGCGAUGAUUUUGUGUUCGAUGACGACAUAAUGCUCUCACCCGACGCAAGGGCGACGUGCGAUGACAGUUUAGAGGAAGAUUGCAUGGAACCUAAAACGAAACAUAGCGCAAAAAGAUCUGGUUAUUCGCCAGGUAAGGUUUUGUCAAAGAACAGCCACAUGUCUGAUGUAAACGGCAACAAGCAGCUAUGUAUAGAAUCGUCUGAAUCGUCUGACUUAAUUGAACAUGGGGUCAACUUAAUAGAGAGUCAGUCAAAGCAAAGGAACACGAUUUCGAAAAGUAAAACCUACGAUGUGCCCAGAUCUGUCUACCACGCGCAAUGCGUAGGUAGACACCGACACUCUGACGAUAUUGAAAGCAAUAUAAGCAUGUCCACGUCUACAAGUGGAACCUUGAAAUCGAGCAACAGCACUGACGGUAGAAACCACGUGUUCCUGAAUUCCCACGAGUGUAUGGUUGUGCCCGGAUGUAGCAAACUACCCAGGGAGACCAUUGCGAGUAGGUUACGGUACGAGAAGCAGGGAACGAAGGAGGAACUCUCGCACGGAGUUUAUUUGACGCCGUCACAGAGGAAGGACAUUCUAAUAAGAGAUCUGAAGCGUCAAAUUAAGGAGUUCCAAGUUAUGUGUGAGGAGAAAGACAGGGAUAUAUCUAUGUACAAACAACACGUGGACGAGAAAACGUCAAAGCUGGUUCAAGCAAAGGACGCCGAAAUUAUUAAGCUUAGAGACGAGCUUCGAGAAAUGAAAAAAAACUAUGAUGAUAUCGCUAACUUUUGCGAGGAAUCGGUCACUGCAGCGUCUGAACUUGAAGAAAAAACGGCAAAGCUGAAGGUAAACCAAGCAAGUGACAUGGAUGACAGAGAGAGGGAGCACCAGAAGAUCUAUCUCGCCAUGUACAAGAAAGGCAAAGAUUGCGCAAGAAUCGAGAGGGAAGAAGAGCUAGAAAGAUUGGCCGCUACCGGCAACAGCUGCAGCGUAACAAUUUCUGAGCUUGUGAGAAAACUUGCGUGGACUGAAUUAGAACUGGCCAAGUGGCAAACAUUAAAACGUCAGGAAAGCUAUACUGAGGCCAAAGAACCAGAUACCGAAAGUUAUACCACCCUUAGGUUCCUUAAGGAUUCCUUCUUUCAUUACAUAACAGAUGAAAAAGAUUCCGAUCACCAUUUGAGAGCCAUUAUCAAGAUUUUCAAGUUUUCUGAUGCCCAAAUGGAGAAGAUACGAGAAAGUCGUAUAGUUGCGACCAUGGACAAGAAAGUAAAACGGAAAGGAAAGAAAUAAAAGCAAUUAAAUCACGAAACCGCAGGACAUGAUUCACCUGCAGCAUUACGAUUACAAUUGACUAAGUGUGAAAUAAUAACGCCCGCCUUCAAUCCUUUGUGUUAAUUGUUUGUUAAAACAUAGCAUGCUUUGUAAAUGUUUGAUUUGCAAUUAUUAUUUUUUGUGCUCCCAGUUUACAAACAAAAGACGGUUUCCGUCUCGUGUUUCUUAGUGCUGAACAUGUCCAUGUGAUUUAUGUUAUGCUUCAGUAUUCAAAUUAUUUAUUGUACACUGA